UCGGCCAUCGGGCGGGGAAUGUCGUUUUCAGUCAUUUUGAGAAUUGCGGUAGUAUAAACAUUCGUUAUUGUUCUUCGUAUUUUCCGGCCGUAUUUAAUAAAAAUGUUCGCGCAAUAAAAAUGCCAAGUGAAUACUAUUUUCUUUAUUGCUGUAAUAUUGAAAUGGAUUUUUUUAGUUGCUGAUAGACAGUGUAUUCAGUGCUAUGAUACAAUCCUAGCGCAGCUCCAACCCUCGAAACUAGUCGAUAUUAUGUGGCCGGGACGCGAAAAAGACAUACUUUUAAAUUAUGAUUCCGAUGGUGUAUACAGUGUAUGGUUUUGCGAUUUUCUUUAUGGUCGCGUGGGUGUGUUUGUGGCUAAUUCAUAUAAUGGCCUUUUCCUAUUCAAAGUGGAAACUGCAUCGGACUGUAGACCGGUCUCCGCCGGAGCAACCACAUCCCGGUGUUUCGAUUUUAAAACCACUUACCGGAGUAGAUCCAAACCUGUUCUCUAACUUAGAGACGUUUUUCACACUGGAUUACCCAACGUAUGAAAUUCUAUUUUGUGUCGAAAACGAGCAGGAUCCUGCUUUGAUGCUUGUGAACAGUCUUAUUCACAAAUAUCCUAGAGUGGAUGCAAGGUAUUUCAUCGGCGGAACGCGAGUCGGCGUUAACCCUAAGAUCAACAAUAUGCAUCCAGCGUAUAUGGCGGCUAAGCAUCCCCUUAUAUUAGUGAGUGAUUCUGGAAUUCGAAUGAGAGAUGAUAGUCUAUUGGACAUGGUGCAACACAUGAAGGAGGACGUGGCGAUAGUUCAUCAGAUGCCAUUCACGUGGGAUGCGGACGGCUUCGCUGCUGUCUACGAGAAAGUAUAUUUUGGUACGGCGCAGGCGCGGAUGUACUUGGGAGCAGAUUUCCUCGGCAUCAACUGUCACGUUGGAAUGUCGUCUCUUGUACGGCGCUGCGCGCUGGAGGAGGCAGGAGGUCUGGCUGCAUUUGGAGAGUAUCUGGCUGAGGAUUUCUUCAUGGCGAAAGCGGUGUUAUCCCGUGGGUGGCGGUUGCGUGUAGCAUCGUUACCUGCUCUUCAAAACUCGGGCUCCAAGUCGAUAGGCGGAAUGCAGGCGCGGCUUAAGCGGUGGGCGCGUCUCCGGAUAGCCAUGGUGCCAACAACGGCGCUACUGGAACCUCUGAGCGAGUGUUUACCGCUUGGCGCGGGUGCCGCAUGGGCCGCUGGACAGCUCUUCGGUGCGGAACCCUUACCUUUCUUUCUUGUGCACAUGCUUGUGUGGUUUUUAUCAGACUGGCUCAUGCUCCGCUCAGUUCAAAAUGGGUCACCUCCAUUUACAAAAGUAGAGUUUCUCUUGGCCUGGGUGUGGAGUGAGUGUUGUGCACCAUUGGUGUUGGCAACAGCAGUGCUUAACCCAGAGAUUUCUUGGCGGGCUCGCAACUACCGGCUGGACUGGGGUGGCCGAGCACAUGAGCUCAAACCUAAACUGAAGUUCUGAGCGUGAUCACUUCAAUGAAGGCUUUAAUUUGGUUUAAAAAGAAGCAACCUUCAGUGCUACUGUUGAUCUGCUGUUUCCUACUUUGUGGUUCAUUGAUGUGAUCUGCCAUAAACUCAAGAGCCAGCUUAUUUAAAUUGAUGGAUAGGUCAUUGUCUACACAAAUGCAUAUUGGCACACUACUCAUUGUGAUAUCAAAAAAAUGUAUGUAUUGAUGACACAUUCCAAUACAUUGCAUGUGCUAAGGUCAGUCAAAACAAGAUCAACAAAUUACAGCUACAACAUUCAACACUCAACACUUAUUAGUUUAUUGUAUAUUAUAUUGUAACACAAAAAAGUAUGUUGUGAUAUUGUGAAUUCUUGUUAAAAGAGGUCUACUAUAUUAUUUAAAUUUUGAUAACUAUUUAAAUUCAAGGUUUGGGCUCUAUUUUUAAUUUUUUACACUUGCCUUAAACAUUGCAUUCUAAAUUAAUUAAAAAUAUACAGGGUUGUACUAAACAUUUUUAAAUUACAUUUUGCUUAUUUAUUUUAUGUACCUUUGGACUGAAUGUUCAAACUUCAACCACUUUGGCCUGAAGGGGACCAAAAAAAGAAAAUAAUUAUUUUUCAAAUGUAGAAUAAAAAGCAGAUUCCAUAAAAAUUUUGGACAAAUUAAUUUAAUUGAGAAAUAAAGACUGGUUAGCCGGCAUCCAGAGGUACUUCAGCCUUUUGUUGAGGGUUUAUCAUUAGAGUGCCAUGAAUACUUGUAUUACAUAAAUUCUAGUUAUUCUGCCUUUGAAUACUAAUUGAAUGACCUAAAUUGCAACAUGCCUAGGGCUGCCAAGUGCUUCAAUUAUAAAUACAUAUUCACCCCUUAAUACUAAAGAAUUUCACAUUGAAUGAGUAAGCUUUAAAGUGACAUAUUUUUAUUCCUUUCAUUUGACAACCUUGUCUUAUAUACAUCAUUUUAAUAUUUGAGCUUCAAUUUUUAUAACAUAAUUUAAUCAAAAAAGCUGAGCCAUAUAGUUUAGGUUAGAAAAAAUAUUCCCAGUGAUAAAAGUUCUCAUUAACUUUGUGUGCCUCCGACAUUGUUUCACUGUAUAGUGGAUACCUGAAAUGUAAGAGGCUAACUGUUUUAUUUUAUAACUUUUGCAAAGUACUAUUUACGUCAAUGUACUUAGAAGUUAAUGGCUCAUUAAAUUGUGAUUUAUGGCGUAAAAAUUCGCAUUCCACAUGCGUUAUAGGUAAUGCUUGCACUCCACUCCGGCAUGAAGUGAUUAUACGCUUAAACAAAUACGCUUGUGCAGUUUUUUAUAUAUUUAAAACAUCAAAAAUGAUAUUUGAUAUUUAAAUUAUUCCUGUCUAUUUGAUAAUAUUUAACAACAAGUUGCAAAACCUAUAUGUUGAGUUGAGUCCAAGCAUAAAUGAUUUAAUUUUGCAAUUGCAUGACUCUAAUAAAGCCAUAAGUAUUUAAAUAAAAAAAAUCUACAAGAAACUGUUUACUUUACAAUAGAUUUCAAAGCAAUGUCAUACUUAUGGCCUGGUUGGAAAAUUUUACAAACCUAGCCUAUCUUGAUGUUAUGCAAUUAGCCUCUGCCUAUAAGUCUUUUUAUCAAUGAUAAACAAUGGUAAUCACUAUUGAUUAUUGAAGAGUUACCUUACUGUUAUUUUCAUUUAAGCCAACAUGGUUUAUAGAACACCUUCAUACUAUUUUAUAUGUCCUCGCACUGUACUCAACAGGAUAUGGAAAUUUUGCAUGGAAUAUAGUCUUGUUGUAGUUGUUGUUUAAAAAAAUAAUAGAUAUGUUUUCGUGGUUUGGUUUGAUACUCGAACCAUGCAAAAAUCGGGAACUUUUUAUCCUAAUUAACGAAAACAAUGUAACGGUAUCUUAUGGUAUCACGUGAUUGUUACUAAAUUAUUUAAAGAUUAACUGAUAUUGAAUGAAAGAUAACAUACUAUUAUUUAUCACUAGCUUGUACGAAUCGUGAGGUAACCGGCACGCCUUAGACCCAAAAAUUCGAUGUGUCAGGCACAAAACGCUGAUCAUAUUAGACAAAAUAAUACAGAAAUCCAGAGGCCCAGACCUGAAAAGGUUGAGCAACUGGAUGUUUUUGAUUAGAUUUUUUAAAAAUUCUAGUAGAAUCUUAUAAGUUUAUCUUACGUGUUACACGAUUAUGAAUAUCACAAGAGGCCAUUUGCUAAUGAGUGAUGAAACGUACCUAUUUUAAAAAAGUUGGUUUAUUACCCAUUCAAUAUAACCCUCACGAUAUCAUGAUUGUUUCAUAGAUUAUUGUGACAGGCGAGAAGCAUUGUCUGUAUAGAAUAUUGUGCUCAAAACUUUUUGUUGUAAAUGUACCUAGUUAUAGUUAAAAGUACCUGAAGGUUUUGUAGAAAAAGAAACCUUGUUAGUUUGACCUAAGGUCUUAUUUAUAUGGCAGCGUCAAUUGAUGCAUCUUGCAUAAUAAAACCAAUAACAACUUAUGUUUCCAUGGUUACGAUAAUUUGUAAUAAAAGAUGGUAACCAGGAUAACAGACGGUAUUAUCUAUAGCCCACGAUUUAUAAGAGAAGCGUGAAGUUGUUCCAUUUGAAGGAUUUCCUUAUGUUACAGUUACUGUACUUUUAAACUAAAUAAUACUGGAUGCAAAUAAUACCUUUAUUGCAACAAGGAAAUAUUGCCCUAAGAAGCAAACCACAUAGCACAUACAUACAUAACAUGUUUAAGGGCUGUAUCAAACAAGUUUUAUCGGUAAAUUACCUGCCUGACCUUGUAGGCUGGACUAGUUACGAACGUUGAACUCUGCGUGUUAAAUUUAAAUAUAAAUUAAUUAGCAACGAGUUGCUAAUAAAACGAUAUUAAAAUUUAAUUGUUAUAAACAAACAAUUAAAGGAAAUCGACAAGUUUUAUUCCGUGAUAAUGUUUCAUAUGUGGUUAGGUUUAAUUAUCUGAUUCUGACUCCACGAUUCAAAAUUCACCAUAGUUUAAGCGUUGAUACAUAUAAAAAAAUUUACAUAUACCAACGCUUAAUCGAAAAAUGUACCCUACAAUUGUUAUUUACGUAUGUUUUAUUUAAAUUUUCAUUCAUAAACAUCAUAAAUCACGUGUUAUUUACUAGAAAAACUAACACAAUGUAUAUUUUGUUACGAGGACCAUAUUUUUUGAUAUAUCCUUCUAAGAAUAUAUAGAAAUACCAGGUUUAUCGAUAAGAAUAUCAAUACGAUAGUAGUCCAGAUAUGAUAGUGCGUGAGUACUAACUUAGUGCGAUAUAUUGAUAAAUACGUCAAUGUCGGUACAUGAUAUAAUAUAUUUUCGAACUUGAAUUUAAGUUUUUUUGUAUUAUCACCAUUUCGGGUAUUGAAGAAGUAAGUUAAUGCCAAAAUAUUCAAAGAUAAUUGGCGUUCGGCUUUGAUCUAGCAUUACCGUCAAAAUUUGUAUUGAGAUAAACCACCUAUAUACAAUAAGCGUUAUCGUUUACGAGGAAUUGAUUUGAUAUAAUUCGUGAGAAUCAAAUUCCGAUUACAGCACCUUUUUGAAAACGCCUCGUUAUCGCGAUAUCUGUUAUCAUCUAUUGAUAAGUCAUCACCGGGAAAAAACGUUCCGCGAAACUCACUUGGCUCUAAAAACUAUAAUAAGGCCUUUGAGAAAUAAAAUCGAUGAAGCAAAUACCAGAAUGGUCAAUGUCAACAUUUGAAAAGUUUUGAGCACAGCUUAAUUUCCAUACAUUUUAUCUCUGUUCAAAGAACAUAGCUAGUUUUCAAACAUGAAAAAGCAUUAUAUAUUAGCAAUAAUUUUUAAUUGAUGGACAAGUUAUACAGCGGUCCCAAUAUUUAGCAAUCAUAUAUAUGUAUGACACCCAAUGUAAAUUCAUAUUUUUAAAGAUAACGAUUUUUUGUAACUUUAGUUAUCCUUAAAAAUAAUGAAUUAAUUAGCAAUUUUAUUUUGUAUGUAAUUACUGUCAUCCGACAUCUAGGAAUAACAACAUAUUUACGACCUGAUGUAUAUAAUAGGUAAGUACCAUAUUGGAAACGGGACUAGACCUAUCCAAACACUAUGUAGCAUAAUAUUUAUUUCUGUGAUUAUUUCGAGCAUAAGUUGCUAAUGUACAAGUACACAAUGCUGCCAUGGAUGUUAUUUCGAUGUGCAAAUUUUAAUUUUUUAUUUUACGAGAAUAGUUUUUAUUUUUAAAGUACAACAUUGGUUGUGAUUUAAAGCCGCUCGGUUGCUACAAAUGUUAUAAUUUUCGACUGUAUGACCUUGAUGAUACAAUGCCGUUUUUUUGUUAUAUUCGCUGAUUGUAAGGAAUCAAACUGCUUAUACGAGGUGUGAUCUAAACUUAAUUUACAGCCAAUAGUAAACUCUUUAUAGUUUCAUUUAUUUCCCAAGUCUUUAGUCUGAAAUCAACACGUAAAGUAAAUCUAUACGCUUCACGCCUCACUGCUCUAGGACGCUUACGUAAAAAUUUAAAAAUAUUCUUUCAAAGUGAAUGUCAAAACUCUUCUUUAUUUCAAUAUCUCGCUAUUAAAAAUUGGAAUUACGAUUCUUACAUCUAAGUAUAAAAUCAACAAAUCUACUUUGUCUCCCUAAGUACUAAGAAACAUAGAUCAAUCAAUUCAAGAUCUCAGACGUUAAGUCUCUGAUGAUACAAUUAUAUUCUAGUUAAUUAAUAUAUAACACUGUACAUUACAUAAGUUAGCCAAUCAUAAAUAAGUUAGGUAAUUCUGCCAUAGAGAUUAAGAUUAGAUUGCACUUCGUUGGUGAAGACUGCUGAAUACAUAAAGAUUUUCUAUUUACUUAUUGGAUUAUUUGGUUAUUAUGUCAAACGUAUUUCUUCCAGAAUUCAAAGUUCCAUGAUUAUUCGAGUUACGAAAUUAAAAAUGAUUUUGUUUGUCAAAUAAUCGAAUGAUUGAUACAAAUUAUAGUUAAAAAAAAAUAAGUUUUAUACUGAAAUCAAUCUGAACAAAAUGGAAAAAGUACGUAUUUGUGCCGGACUUAUUUUUUAAUGUAACAAAAAAUGAUUCUACCUUACAGAUGUAACUCAUUGAGGCAUUGUAAAAGGAUAAUACCGAAGGAAAAAUUUGAAACGAAUAAACCACUUAAAUUA